UAACACUACAUAGGGUUCAAUAGAAGUUGACUGGGAGAAAUUGUCUGAUAAGUAAAUAAAUAUAAAUAUGCUCCACAAUGGUUUCUCAUAUAUUUGUUGGUGUUUCCCUUCCAUUCUAUCCCAUCCAGUUGCAUUCCUUUCCGGGAUUCAAGACAACCUACCGUUCCAGAGUCACACACAACCAUACACGUUACUGUGUAUGUUAAGACGCACCGUCCUUUGAAGUAACCUCCCCUGAACCCACUGACCCCUAGCGGUCGGCAAGGUGGCUGCAGUUCCGUCGUCUGCCGAGGGGGGCGCUAACAAAGCUAAAGGCGAGAUGCCGUGAAAGGAAAAGGAAAAAAAAGGGCCGAACGCCGGGCACCAAAUAAAGUGGCUAUUUCACAAACACCCACAGAUUAAAAACACAGCGGGUCCAAAACCGGCCUCCGGGUCGAGGGAUGGCACAGCAUCAGUGUUCAGAAAUCGAAGCCGGUGGGUCGUCGCGCUAUUUGCGGCCUGUUUUUGUUAUUAUUAAUAAAAUGGAGAUGCUAACAGUUUCGGGUUAGCUUAGCAUGCUAUGUGUGAAUGGCUCCACAAACGCGCUCCUCUCUCCCUUUUCCAGAGCUGUAUUACCUUAUCGCCAGGUUUCUCCAGUCGGGACCGUGUAAGAAAUCGGCCAAGGUCCUGGUGGAGGAGCUGGAGGAGUACGAGCUGAUCCCGGAGCGAUGGAGUUGGGACGGCAAACGGAAUAAGCGAAACUUCGCCGAGUGGGUGAGCCUCAACCAGCACAUCCCUGCGGACUACCUGCUGCGCUUGUGCCAGCGGAUUGGCCCGCUGCUGGACAAGGAGGUGCCGCCCAGUGUUCCCGGGGUGCGCACCCUGCUUGGGUUUGGGAGGCAGUCUCUACUGCGCACUGACAAGGGCUGUUCUCACACAGUAUGGAGUGGCUCUGCGUUCGCUGCUCUGCAUCGGGGAAGGCCUCCAGAACCGCCAAUCACUUACGGAAGGCCGCCCAAUGUUGCCUCCAUUGUGGGCGCUCGGCAGACGUCGGGCACGGCCCGUUUCACCCAUGCCGUCCCGGCCAGCGCCUACCAGCACAUGAAGAUGCACCGGCGCAUCCUGGGCCACUUGUCAUCAGUGUACUGUGUGGCCUUUGACCGCACUGGCCGGCGCAUCUUUACGGGCUCGGAUGACUGCCUAGUGAAGAUCUGGGCCACCGACAAUGGGCGUCUGUUGUCGACGCUUCGAGGCCACGCUGCCGAGAUUUCCGACAUGGCGGUGAACUACGAGAACACGUUGAUCGCCUCCGCCAGCUGUGACACGGUGAUCCGGGUGUGGUGCCUGCGCACGUGUGCCCCCAUCACUGUGCUACAGGGUCACGGCGCUGCUAUUACCUCCAUACAGUUCUCACCAUCAGCCAAAGGGACAACACGGUAUCUGGCCUCAACCGGGGCAGAUGGGAUGGUCUGUUUCUGGCAGUGGAACUCCCUCUCCAUGAAGUUCAACGACCGCCUGUUCAAAUUUACCGAACGCUCUCGUCCAGGUGUCCAGAUCUCAUGCUCCUCCUUCAGCUGCGGCGGCAUGUUCUUCGCCACCGGCAGCACGGACCACAGCAUCAGGGUGUAUUACCUCGGCUCUGCGGAGCCCACACGCUUCUCCGAGCUGGACACACACACGGAUAAAGUUGUGGCAGUCCAGUUCUGCAACAACAGUGACAGCCUCAGGUUUGUGAGUGGUAGUCGGGACGGAACCGCCAGGGUGUGGCACUACCAGCAGCAGGAGUGGAAGAGCAUCGUCCUGGAUAUGACCACAAGGCUGCCUGGGAGCAGCUCAGGGUCCUGCGAGGACAAGAUGACCAAGCUGGUUGUGACCAUGGUCGCCUGGGACUGUGCGGACCGCACCGUCAUCACAGCCGUUUCCAACUACCUGCUGAAAGUGUGGAGCUCCACCACCGGCCAGUUGCUGCAUGUUCUUUCGGGCCAUGACGAUGAGGUGUUUGUCCUAGAAGCCCACCCCUUUGAUCCGCGGAUCAUGCUCUCUGCAGGCCACGACGGCAACAUCUACGUCUGGGACCUGUCCAAGGGCACCAAGAUUCGUAACUUCUUCAAUAUGAUCGAGGGCCAAGGUCACGGCGCAGUUUUUGACUGCAAGUUCUCUGCGGACGGCCAGCACUUCGCUUGCACUGACUCCCAUGGCCACCUGCUCAUCUUCGGGUUUGGAUGCAGCAAACUUUAUGAGAAGAUUCCCGACCACAUGUUCUUCCACACGGACUACCGGCCUCUGAUCCGCGACUCCAACAACUAUGUCCUGGACGAGCAGACCCAGCAGGCACCACACCUCAUGCCCCCUCCCUUUCUGGUGGACGUGGAUGGGAACCCGCACCCGCCCCACUUCCAGCGGCUGGUGCCUGGGCGGGAGAGCUGCAAAGAGGAGCAGCUGGUGCCGCAGUUGGGCUACAUGGCUAAUGGUGACGGCGAGGUGGUAGAGCAGGUGAUCGGCCAGCAGACAGUAGGGGAGCAGCCAGAAGAGAGCCCCCUGGAUGGCCUCAUCAGGCAGCUACAGCAUCAACAGGAUGAGAGUCUGAACUCGGGGGCAGCUCCUCGAGCCCCGCCAGUGCCAGAGGCAGUGGGCUCUCCACCAAAUGUGGGCUUGCGCCGCACCGGGCAGGUGGAGGGGGUGCGGCAGAUGCAUCACAAUGCCCCUCGCAGUCAGAUCGCCACCGAGCGAGACCUUCUGGCCUGGAGCCGGAGAGUGGUGGUCAGCGAAGUGCAGCUGGGAGUGUCCAGGGUGAUGGAGGAGAGGCGGCAGGCAAAGAGCGAAGCAGAAUGUGCACUCUACAACAUGGAGAGAAAGAAGAAGCCAUUGCUGUCACACAGCAGCCCCAGGAACGAGCCACAGGGUCCAGGCCUGCGCUCCUUGCGACGGGCUCGCAAGCCACAGCAGCACACAUACCACACGCGUUCGGCCCGAGAGAGACGGCCACCACACAGAACACGCGGGCCGAAUGCCGGAGAGAGCCAGGGGGAGCUGGACAGCGAAGAGGAGCCAGAGGAGGAGCAGGCAGAGGCCAGUGAUCCCUCUUCAGAGGGGGAGGCUCAGUGGCAAAGUGACAGCAGUUCCAGUGACUCUUCUAGCGAGUACUCUGACUGGACAGCCGACGCAGGGAUUAACCUUCAGCCUCCCAAGCGGCCAAUCAGGAGGCAGCUACGGAACCCGGGCAACAGCAGCUCUGAGGAGGAGGAGGGAGAUGGAGAGGGAGAGGCAGCGGGCGAGGAGGCCAGGAGGGAGGUGCAGAAGAGAAAGAAGCCCAAGCAGAGCAAGCAGAAGAAGCCAGAUUCCUCCCUCUCCUUGGCUGGGCAUGAUGCCGAGGAGUGGCUCCCCCCUUCCUGGAUAAUGGAAACCAUCCCUCGACGCUCCCCCUUCGUCCCACAGAUGGGCGAUGAGCUCAUCUACUUCCGACAGGGCCACCAGGCGUAUGUGCGAGCAGUGCGCAAGGCUCGCUGCUACGUCGUCAACCCGCAGAAGCAACCCUGGAACAAGCUGGACCUCAGGGACCAGGAGUCUGUGAAGAUCGUGGGACUCAAAUAUGAGGUGGGGCCUCCAACACUCUGCUGCCUCAAGCUGGCCUUCCUUGACCCCAACUCAGGCAAGAUGACUGGCGAGUCCUUUUCUCUCAAGUAUCAUGAUAUGCCUGACGUCAUAGACUUUCUGGUGCUGCAGCAGUUCUACAACGAAGCCAAGGAGAGAAACUGGCAGUCAGGUGAGUUGACGUUCCCUCAGGCAGCCCAUUCAUGGGACAGUGUACUCUCUCACACCUCACCGGCGUUCUCCCACGAAGGCAUGCGCUUCCGCAGCAUCAUCGAUGACGCCUGGUGGUUCGGCAGUGUGGAGAAUCAGCAGCCUUUCCAAUCUGAGUACCCAGACAGCCUGUUCCAGUGCUACGCAGUGCGGUGGGACAAUGGCGAGAGGGAGAAGAUGAGUCCCUGGGAUAUGGAGCCCAUUCCAGAAGAAGCUGCAUUCCCAGAUGAGGAGGGGGAUGGUGUCCCAGUUUUGGAGGAGGAGCUGAAGGCCCUGCUGUACAGGCCACAGGAGGGCGAAUGGGGCGUGCACACGCGGGACGAAGACUGCGAGAGAGUGAUCUGUGGGAUCGACCAACUGCUGACCCUGGACAUAGCCAAGCCCUUCUCCUCGCCUGUGGACCUGAGGGAUUAUCCCCUUUACUGCAUCGUGGUGGCUUACCCCACCGACCUCGGUACCAUCCGCAAGAGGCUAGAGAACCGCUUCUACAGGCGGAUCUCGGCUCUCAUGUGGGAGGUACGUUACAUCGAGCACAACGCCCGCACCUUCAACGAGCCACAGAGCCCCAUCGUCACUGCCGCCAAGACUGUGACAGAUGUGCUGCUGCGCUUCAUUGGGGACCAGAGCUGCUCAGACAUCCUGGAGCUGUACCGUAAGGUAAAGAGUGAGGUCAGCAGUGGUGCCGAAGGGGAGGAUGCGGAAGUAGAAGUGGAUUCAGACACACCUGGGACCUCUACUGGACAGAGGACAAGUAGAGCACAAACAAAGGAGCAGCCGACAGCCAAGAAACGCGGGGUGGUGCUGGAUGUGCAGGCCUGGUACGGGCAGUGUCGCGAGCUGCUCAAACGAUUGCUGGAGAGCCCUGAUUCGGAGCCCUUCCGUCAACCCGUCGACCUCUUCGCUUACCCAGAUUACCGAGACAUCAUUGACACGCCAAUGGACUUGGGCACCGUGUCUGAGACGCUCGCAGCUGGAAACUACGAAAACCCGAUGGAGUUCUGUAAAGAUGUCCGGCUCAUCUUCAGCAACUCCAAGGCCUACACCCCCAAUAAAAAGUCUAGGAUCUACAGCAUGACCCUGAGCCUGUCAGCCUUCUUUGAGGCCCAGAUCCUGCCCAUCAUCGCGGACUACAAGUCGGCCAUUCAGAACCAGCGGCGGAGCCGCCAGAGGCAGAGCUACCGCAAGCGUCUCCGUAGUAGUAGCAGCUCGGCUUCAGCCAGCCGGGCUUCCAGUCCAAAAGGAAAGCACAAGCCUGGAAAAACAAAUGCAAAGUCAACCUCAAAAACCUCCAUUUCUCCAAUAAAAAGUCGAUCACGAAGGUCAUCUCAAGCCUCAGAAGCUAGUGGCUCCAUCAUUGACGAGAACGAUGAGGAGAGCCAGCCCUCGUCCAGCUCCACGGUGGGAGCCCAGUUCAGGGGUUCCGGAGCCUGCAGGGUGACACGGAGCAAGGCCACGCCCUCAAAGACCACAGAGCCAGUGAGCAAUGGACUUCUGACGAAUGGUGCUGGGCGGAGCUUGAGCACAGCCACACGCCGCAGGCUUGGCCUGCAGGUGGAGAAAGAGGCGACAGGGACCUCCAGUGGCUCUUCGUCUUCAUCAUCCUCAUCGUCUUCCUCGUCGUCUUCAUCAUCUUCAUCUUCUUCCUCCUCUUCGUCUUCUGAUGACAGCGGGAGUGGUUCUGAGUCGGAGGUUGGGGAAUUUGUGGAGGGCGGAGAUCAUGACUACAGCAAGGCCCCACGUCUUCGACCCCAAGACACAGCAAGGGACAAGAUGUCAGCCAGGGGCGGGAUGAAGCGGAGGAAUACACGAGCAAGAGUAGCGCCAGUCAAAACAAAACGGGCAAGGCUGGAACCAGAAGAGGAGGAGUCAGAGUCGCAGGAGGAGGAGCCUGAGGAGGAGGAGGAGCCUGAGGACGAAGAGGAGGAGGAGCCUGAGGAGGAGGAAGUAUCCCAGAGUGUCAAACAAACCAAGGUGGUGACUGGCCGGCGGAAAUCCACCAGGGUUAACACACGGAACCAGGGUCGCCGGACAGUCCUGUACAAUGACGACUCGGACGACGACGGAGAGUCGACCACUACGGACCCUCUGAAUCUGGGCCGGUCCCGCUCUGGCCGUGUGCGUCGCAUGACUGAGAAGGCACGGGUCAGCCAUCUGAUGGGCUGGAACCACUGACACACACCUCCCUCUCUUUGUGCUGCCACACACCAACUACUCUGUUGUGACAAGACACUUUACUUUGAAAGGAUUUGACUCCAUGUAUUCUGCAGGGAUGUUUUCUUUUAUGUUUUUUUUUUUUUUUUUUUUUUUUUUUUUUCCUCCUUUCUAAAUUCUUUUUCACCUUUUGUGCAUAGAAGAUUGUUUACGACUUCCAACUGGCAGUGGUGCUCUCUGAUUUUUUUUUUUGCCAAUGGAGCCCCUUCUGGCUCCUCAGAGUUUCCUCGGCACGGUGGACACCUCCCCAUCCCGUUUUCCCCAAACUGUCUGCCCCUCUCCUUUCCGCCUUACUGUACUCGUGGGCCUUAAAACACUUACUUCCUUCUGCUUCCUCCAUGCCCCUCCCUUGCCAGCUUCUAUACUUGGGGGCAAGGGGUAGCAAGAAGUCUCUGUUUUUGUCCACACAACUUGUAGAUCUGUCACCUGUGCUCACUGGAGCACGUAGCCUGUUAGUGUUUCCCCUUCCUACCCUACCACUGUAAUACCUGUACCAUUUCCCUUGCUGUUCUCAACCCCAGUGUGAUCAGUUCUGGUGCUUUCUAUUAACUCUCUAAUUCUGGAUUUUAAGGUCACACUGCAGAAUUAAAUCAGAUAUUUAUUUAAUACGCAGCUGGACGUUUUGAAAGCUAUCCUGUGCUCACACUCGGGUGCCACGUUUGUUCACGCUACUUUGCGAAGUAUAUAUUUAUCGAGAAACUUGAAAAAAUAUCAAAUCAAAGCCACUGAAGCAUGGAAAGGGAGAUUGUGAGUGACCGUUGGUUCAUAGCGCUAUUCUGGAAGUGCAACCCUGGCAUUACAGCGUGCCUGUUUCGAAUGCGUAGCACGGCGCAGUCGUCAGAUUUUUGGAACAACCCCCCCCCUCCCCCCACACGCCUACUUCAUUUCCGUCAUACCUUCAUAUGGACUCUUUUUACGAUAGAAAUAUUUAUAUUUUUUACACUAUUGUAUUAUACACUUUGCAAUCAAUUCCUACCGUGAAAUGCUGAACAAUGACAAUGAAAUGUUUGCACAAUGCAUUAUCAAUUACACAUGGCAGCUGAAGAACGGGAGGAGAUGCAAAGAAGGGAGCCGCAGCAUCGGGCACCUGUCUCCAGAGAGGGUUGCACACUCCAGGGCAAACGGUGUCAACCCCCUGGCCUCGCAGGCGUCCCAACGGCACUUUUCUUUGUUCGGAUCCCUAAGCAUUAACGAGGAACUGCUCCGCCAAGUGCUGCAAAUUCCUCAGGAGGGCUGGUGGCAGAGAGAACAGGUGGGAGCAGGUCAGCAUGCGGGCGACCUCUUUGUCCUUCCUCCCUCUGACCCUCCACAACAACAAGGUGCUCUUCUGAUCCAGGUCCUCGGUUUUUACACUUCCAUCUUCUUCUCGCUCAGAUUCUGAAGGCCUCUUGGUAGUCUUUGACUAAUAUUAGUAGACUGUAUGAACGGGUCUCCCAUAAGCACUCCCGUUGAUUGGUGGUUCAGCUGUGUUACUGACUGUUGCCGUGGUUGUGGGAUGCACAAUCUCAUGAGGUUGGUUCAUCUUUCGUAUUUAUAUCAACGGUAGGACAAAGCUAAAGGACUUUUAAAGACUUGGCCAAUGCCUCUGCUCCACAACUUUUUUUGUGGGGGGGGAGUCAUAGCUUUUCUUCAUGUAAUAGAUGCCUCCCCCUUCCACAAGCAUCAUACUUGCAAUGUGGUAGUCCAGCAGAAUGUGAGUUUGAGAGUGUUGUUUUUUUUUUUUUUAAAGCACAUUUUUGUUUAAUUUUUUUUAAAAUAAAACUGCGAGAAGACAUUUGUCCAAAUUAGACACCUGUCAUUUCUAUGUCCCACCCUGUUUGUCUGUAUGUGGUGGUUUUAUUACUCCUCAGUGACGAAGCGGCAGGCUCCCAAGGGCUUCUGCGAAAUAGUCUCAUCCGCCUCAGAGAAGAACGUAGAAUUCCAGUUUAGCCAUGGGGGUUGCAUGGUGUUCAUGGAGACCAUGUCCAAGAAUGUAACCCAACUUGAGAAGACCCGCAUCUCUCCAGAGCUGUCCACCAAGUUUCUUAAACUUUGUGUCCAUUCUCAGUUGUGCUAUCUGUUCCAGUUGAUUUUCUGUUGUUUGUCAAUGUUACAGCAACAGUUGUCAAAUGUGGAAGUGUUUGUGUCAAUGUUCUUUGAGGGGGUCUUCAGGUUUGUCCUAAAAAGGGCCACAGUGAACACAAUGGUGAUACGUGCAAACUGGAUUUUGUCACGAGUGGAGAUUGAUCAGUAUGUCAAAUGUACUAUGAAAAGUUGUGCUGAACUGAAUCUUCAUUAUGGUAACAAUGUCAACACAGCCAGGCUCGUACUCCUGAUCUAUUGUCACAUUCUGAACGAUGAGAUGAGGAACGUGCAAAAAGGAUGUCCUUCAUACAGUUGCAAUGAACUCAGUUUGUAUUAAGUAGUCAGUAUGUUUACAUUUUUUUUUCUCUCGGUGGGAUGUUUUGUGCUCAUGUAUUCCACCCUGUUUAAUGCUUUUGUCUCAAAGUAUUUGUGCAUUUUUCAAAGAAGUACCUUCUACCUUUUAGGUGUGUGUUCUUCACCGGGGUCACACAGAACCAGGGUACACAUGUGCUACUCAGAGACCAACUGCAGAGGAAGAUAUUGAAGUUAGUGUUGGAUGUUGAAGUCAUUGUUCUGCGUGUGUUUGGAGUCACACACUCUCAUUGAACGCUAAACUUGGGUCUGUCUGAGUUGCUGAAUGGAAUCUCUUCAAGUCCAACCUUUGUGUCAUCAUACAAAUUCUUAAGCAGUUCUAGACAUGGAUAUUUUUGGGAAAAAUUUGUAUUUAACACAGAUAUUAAGUAAAAAUUUCAGCUGCGACACCAUCCAUGUUGAAAGUCAUCUUUAUGAUGACUUGAGCUUGUCUUUCUGGAUUGUGUCGGAACACUUGUACAGGUCCUUUGAAAAUCAUGACUUGCUUUUAUUUUUAAUGACUCAUGAGCUGUGGACACUUGAUUAAGAAGCCAUAUGUGAUUUGAAAAGUGGAUUGCACCCUUUGCAGGGCAAAUACGGAAAGUCUGGCAUUAAGACACUGAUAUCCAACCGAUGAAUGGAUACAUUCAGAAGUACAUGUCCACGUGAAUAAUUUCACUUCAGAAGCCCAGAAUCCACAUGUCAGGUCAUGGUCCUGUAGUGAGUUUUGAAAAGUAACUUGGAGUUCAAUAGUUUUGCUCCUCUGAGUGUUUAUUUUUUGGGUUUCAGUAGGGUCUGGACAUGAUCAUGCUUCUCCAGAGCGUUUCUCAUUAAAUUCAUAGUCAUUCUUGUCCAAGCUGAAGGCAAUGUCUUCAAGGUGGUCCUGUCUCGAGUGCUGUGGACCCAAAUAGGUGUGUGUGUGGUUGUACCAGAUAGGGGGUCCUUUUUGUCCCUGCACCACACUGUUGUUCUACUGAAGGUGCCAUCCCCUGUGCAUUAAGGUGUCCACCCAACACCAAGCGAGACCAAGGCGGCCUUGCACUGAAGUGACACUGAUUCCGAGGAAGGCUGCAAGUGUGUCAGGGCUCAACCUGCUCAUCUGUAAGCAUAGCUGAGAAUGUAAAGUGUCUCCCCCACCCAGUUACUCUCAUGCCUUGCAGCUCUACUUUUGUUUGUUUUGAGUCUUUGCACAUGUGAUGAUUACUGCUUUUUGUAGUUUGGAGGAACUGUCGCUUUCAGUUCCCAUUUCUUAAGAGCCCCACAUCCUCUCUCCAGGCUAGGAACAUGUGACUCUUGGUGACAAACCCCCUUUGCACUAAUUUCUAGAAGAAGCGCAUUUUCCAUUGGGUUAUGACACCAGUACUCACCAUCUAACCUUUUUGGGGUCAGUUCGGUUGGAGAGCUGGACACGUACCGUCCUCAACUGCCUCUUAGUGGAGUAGAGGAAGCAGGUGUCAAAACCGAGUUGUUGAAGAGAGUCGCCCUUCCAGGAGCAAUAACCUCCCUCUGUUCAACCUGGAUGUGCGGGUCCUUUCUAUCCUCUAAGUAUGUUGGGGGAGGGGGGUUUGUCCCAGGAGACAGUUUUGCCAAAAUCCACCCUCCCUCCCUCCGGUUGCCCAUCUCUCAGGAUGCUUUGUUAGAAAAAAAAAAAAAAACAGAAGUUCAGGGAUUUUUGUUCAAAUGCCACUAAGAGGCAGACCAAAUGUAACAGU